GUAUGACUCAUUGUGGAGUCUGCCAGACUGCUCACAGAUGAGGAAAACAACAAGAAGGUGGACAGGAUAAAUAAAAGCGACAAUCAAUAGUGGAGUUCUAGUGAAGUCACAGACAUCGCAGGCGCGGUUUAGAAGUGAAGGAAUAAUCUGACACGGACCGCAGUUGGGUAUGGUUUUGUGCGCGAUGUCAUCGUUGCGGAUAUUUCGCGCAGAUUUCGAACGACGAGAGGCCACGUACUUGGGUGGUGAAAUCGUGAAAGGCAAUGUUAUCAUAGACACGACGAAGGAAAAAUAUAUCACAGAACUCUGCUUCAUUGCCAAAGGUUUUGCCAAAGUAUAUUGGACAGAAGAAGACGGAGAUUCUAACUCCUCCUCAUAUUAUAAUUCGCAAGAAUACUUUCAAAUAAAGGGCAUUUUACUGAAAUCCAAAGAUGAGAAAUCAAAGGUUAAAAUUACUGAGGGAUACCAUGAAUAUCCGUUCGAAUUUCUGCUUCCUUCUAACAUUCCCAGCAGUUUCGAACACAAUAUAGGAUACGUCCGAUAUACGAUUGAAUUGGUGCUCCAAAGGCCAUGGAAAUUCGAUCACAAAUAUAAAACCGCGUUUACUGUAAUCUCCAAUCUAGACCUAAACUUGCAUCGGGAAAAAUGUCUAGGAAUUUCCAAUGAAGUUCUGAAAGAUUUCUGCUGCUGCUUCUGCAUUAAAAUGGGCGCUUUUUGUGUAACCACGCAACUGCCAUCUUCUGGAUACGUUCCUGGACAAAUGAUUGUCACAACUAUGAACUACAAAAAUUUGUCAAACAAUGUUCGAAUAUUGAAGAUCAGUGCGAAGUUGGAAACAAAAAUAGAGUUUCAUGCUACUUCGAAAACCCGGACUAAACAAUUUGAAAUAACGUCGAAUUCAAAUUCAGGACCGUUUCCAUUAGAAGGACAAGUCAUUCUAGAAAUCAGAGUACCGCCAAUCCCGCCGUCCUUUCUAACAUUCUGCAGCAUUAUAGACUUACACUACAACCUGAAGAUCGCAAUACACUUUACAGGACCGUCAAAGGCACCUCCAUCCUACGAAGAAUGUGUAUCAAGAGCUCAACACAUCAAAGAUGUCGGUGAAUCCGAUUAUGUGUACGGUGCAAGUACUCCCUUCGCGCCUAAGUAUCCUGUGUUCAACUAUCCAGUACCAAAUACCCCGUACAAGUAA